CAAUAUGCUCUUUUUUUCCAUGUACUGUUAUCUUCUUGGAACAGUUCUGAUUCUGGCCUUUUAACUAUUUUAUUCCAAACAAACCCUUUUUCUUCAAGUGCAUGCCUUCUUUCCUGUCUUCAACUUUUGUGAGAGUUAUGAUUACUAAUUUCCCUUUCUUAUAUCAUUAAAUCUCACCUCUUUGGCUAUCAAAAAACUUGGAAGAAAAUUAUUUAUUUCCUUCACAUGUUUUGAUAUUCUUCAUUCUCUCUUCAGGGUUGGUUGUUCUUCUGGUUUUCUUUUUGUGCUUUUAGUUUUUGAUGCAGGUAGUUCAACUGCUUCAAUUAAUAAAGACUUAAACCCUUCUCUGUGUGCCUUUCUAGGUAAAACUUCAUUACUCUCUCUUCAAAAUGCCUCCUACAUAUUUGCCUCUUCGUUGGGAAAGCACUGGGGAUCAAUGGUGGUAUGCAUCUCCCAUAGAUUGGGCGGCAGCUAAUGGCCACUUUGAUUUGGUCCGAGAGCUUCUUAGGAUAGAUGGCAAUCACCUCAUCAAGCUAACCUCUUUGAGGAGGAUCCGCCGCCUUGAAACGGUAUGGGAUGAUGAGGAACAAUUUGAUGAUGUUGCUAAAUGUCGUUCCCAAGUUGCUAGGAAACUUUUUCUUGAAUGUGAAUCAAAGAAAUCAAAGAAUUCCCUUAUCAGAGCAGGCUAUGGUGGAUGGCUUAUAUACACGGCUGCCUCAGCAGGAGACUUGGGUUUUGUUCAACAACUGCUUCAAAGAAACCCUCUACUGGUUUUUGGAGAAGGGGAGUAUGGUGUUACUGAUGUACUUUAUGCAGCUGCAAGGGGUAAAAAUUCUGAGGUUUUCAGGCUUAUAUAUGAUUUUGCAGUCUCACCAAGGUUUUUGGCAGCCAAAGGGGACGGAUUUGAGGAGCACAUUGGGGAAAUUCCUUCUGUUUAUAAAUGGGAAAUUACAAACAGAGCUGUUCAUGCUGCUGCUAGAGGAGGAAAUUUGAAGGUUUUGAAGGAUCUUCUUAGUGAUUGCACUGAUAUUUUGGGUUACAGAGAUAAGCGUGGCUCAACUAUAUUGCAUGCUGCUGCUGGCAAAGGCCAAGUUGAGGUUGUCAAAUAUCUGGUUGCCUCUUUUGAUAUCAUGGACUCAACAGAUGAACAAGGCAACACAGCUCUGCAUAUUGCUGCUUACAGGGGUCAAUCAGCUGUUGUUGAGGCUUUGAUUCUUGCAUCCCCUUCAUUGAUCUCUGUAACAAACAAGGCUGGGGAAACGUUUUUGCAUUUGGCGGUGUCUGGUUUCCAAACACCGGCUUUUCGAAGAGUGGACCGACAGGUUAAUCUUAUGAAACGACUGGUACAUGCAAAAAAUUUCAGCAUGGAAGACAUUGUUAAUGCUAAAAACAAUGAUGGAAGGACUGCUCUCCACAUGGCCAUCAUUGGGAAUGUUCAUACUGAUCUAGUUGAACUCCUGAUGUCUGCAAAAUCAAUCAAUGUGAACAUUCGUGAUGCGGAUGGAAUGACUCCACUAGAUCUUCUGAAACAAAGGCCUCAUUCAGCUUCAUCGGAUAUACUUAUUCGACACUUGAUUUCAGCAGGUGGGAUGUUUGGUUGUCAGGAUUACACUGCAAGAAGAGCAAUAGCUUCACACAUAAAGAUGCAAGGCCACGGGAGCAGUCCUGGAACUUCUUUCAGGAUAUCCGACACCCAAAUCUUCUUGUACACCGGCGUUGAGACAACAUCGGAUGCUAGCGAUCUCGGCAGUGGAGGAAAGAGUCGUUCAUCGUCAACUGAUUUCGAUUCAGCUGAUGAAAACAGGAAGUCAUCAGUAGAUAAAAAGCCCGCAGGUUCUUCUAUGAACAAUGCAGCACAGAGAUUGAAAAGUGUUCUCCAUUGGCCUCGAAUGAAGGAUCAAAAGCCGAAAAGAAUGAAUGGAAAUUACUCAGAAGAAACUCCAAUCCCUCUCAGGCAGAGGUUUUCAAAGCCUUCGUCACUCCCAAACAACAAGAGAACACUUUCGGUGAGGAGUGGUCAAUCCAGUCCAAUUGCAAAGAAGAAACUUGCUUCAGGGAUAAUCCAUGGCGUUAUGCAAGCCAUGCCACAGAUAACCAUUCCUCGAAGGUCUCGUUCGAGUUCGUUUUCCAAGUCAUCUGUAUCUUCUCCGAGCUCAAUGGAUAAACAAAAAGGGAUAUUCAUUGAAGGUGAUAUAACUGGACCAUCUUGUUCCAAUCCAAGCCUUGAUGAUGAAAAACCAGAUACAAUGAAGCAAAGGCCCAUGAAAAAGGGGUUAAGGAGUCAGUAUUUCUGCUUUGGAGGUUCAGGGCUGGCUGUUAAAAACCCAGUGAGCAGGCAAAGGCAAAGCCAGACAAGUGCUGCCAAUCCUGCCAUGGUCUCAAUGGCUUGAUUGGUUUAGGUCCUGAAAUGUUGUGAUGACCAACCACCUGAAUCUAUGUAAAAGGCAACUUACUGACAAAGAUGAAAGAUUUAGCAGGAUGUGUAACUUGCUGCCUAGGUUCUGUACUUGUUAGAUUAAACACAAAAAUGUAUGCCUGAAUUCUGAAACAUACUUUUCAUGUCUCAGUGUAAGUGAAGUGAAGUAGCCCAAAAACUAAUUUAAUGUUCUAAUAAGCAAUUUGCUUCUUUGUGUA